AUGGGCGACGGCGGGUGGACCCGCGGCGGCCAAGGGGCGCAGGCGGCUGUGCGAACGUGCGGCGGCGGGAAGGGGAGGCGGUGGCAAAGUCGGGGGCGGCGGCGGCGAGCAGGCCGCGACGACGAGGGGCGCAGGCGACGGCGGAAGGGCCGCGGCGGCGAAACGAGGGACGGCGGCGGCAGGCAGGCCGCGGCAACGAGGGGCGCAGGGGGAGGGGGAGGGGGGGGGAGAGGAGUAGGGAGAGGAGGAAGGGAGGGUGCAGUUGCGGCUGAAUCUGCAGGCGGCGACGGGGCAGUCACGGCGGCAGGAAGUGUGGGCGGGGAUGGCGCGGUCGCGGUGGAGGAUGGGCAGGCGGCGCCGAAGCAGUCGCGGCGGCGGCGACGAGGCGUCGCGGCGGCAGGAUGCGCAGGCGGCGCCGUAGCAGGCGCGGCGGCGGGAACGCGGCGACGUGACGUCGCGGCGGAGGGACGGGCAGCGGGCAGGCGGCGACGAGGCGUCGCGGCGGCAGGAUGCGCAGGCGGCGCCGAAUCAGGCGCGGCGGCGAGAAGGGGAGGCGGCGACAGGGGGUCGCGGCGGGGGGGAGGAGGGGACAGCGGCGUUGCGCUCGCGGCGGUGGAAUCCGCAGGCGAGGAAGGCGUAAUCUCGGCGGGAGGGGGGGGGAACGGCGGCGACGGCGUAGUGCGUCACCCCUGGCCGGACCUCCUCCUGCCCUUCUCAGUCACGGCCUUCCCCCACCUCCGCAACUUCGUCACCAACUCUGCUGUGCGCGCCUGCGGGGCCAUCUGCCCCGCCUUGAGCCUCCCAUCGUUCCUGGGAGAUUCCCCAGACAUAGUGAUCACGGAGUUCAACAUCAAUAUGGGCGAGACAUGGGAUUCCUCUCUGCUGCUGCCCCCAACGCUCUCGUCCCUCCCCCCACCCAUCCCUCUCCUUCCCAAUCCUCUCCCUUCCAAUCCAACACCAGGCAUAGUAGUAACCGAGUUCAACAUCAAUGUGGGAGAGGCGUGGGACUCCACUCUCCUGCUGCGCCAGCUGGCCUUGUGGCCCUCCCACCCGGCUCUCCUCAACCUCAACCUCUUCGGCUGCGCCUCCACCUUCUCCCACCACAGCGGCCCCGCCAGAGGCUCUGCCUCGUGCGACCCCAUCCCCACGGCCUCCUCCUCUAACUAUGCUGCCGCCGCUGCUGCCGCUGCUGGCGUGCCCACGCUCAGUAUGGCCCGCGCGCUCACUCCGUUCUGGCGCCCCGCGUCCGUUCCUCGGUGUGACGAUAUCGAAGGGAGCUAUGGGAAUGGUUCUGCUGCUGCUGCUGCGGGUGGUGGUGUGGGGAGUGGGAGUAGAGGUGGAGUGCGGUCGGCUUGGGUGCGGCUGGUUGCAGGGGUGUGUGAGAGGGAGUGCACGCUUCCCAAGGACAGGUGCCCCCCGUCAGGAGACAAGCCAUUCUCCCUGCCCUGCACUGCCUGUGUGCACGCGUGCUACGCCAGGGAGGGGUGGGGAGCGGUGGGAUUCGGUGGGGAUGGUGGAGAGGCGGUAGGAGGAGGAGGGGAGGGAGUAGCGGAAGAAAUGCUAGCAAGUCUGGGAGUGAACAGGCUAGUAGGCUGCUCGGGUCAUGAGCUAGGGUCGCUGUACCCUCCUGGCCAAACACCUGCUGCUGCUGCCGCCGCCGCGGCUGCUGCCGCUGCUGCUGCUGGUAACGCUGACGCCGGGGAAUCGGAGGUGGUCGGGCGGCCGCUUUUGGAAGUAUCUGCGGAGACUGUGCUGGGUGCCGACCGGGUGCACAUGGUAGAGUUUGGGCACGAGCUGGCAGCGGCAGUGGUGGUACGGCAUCUGGUGUCCUCUCUGCUGGCUCUCACCCCUCAAGACAUCCAGCAAUUCCUCGAAGAGGAGCAACGGAGAGAGCAGGGUCAACCCGGUCAACAGCAGAAUCAGCAGAGUGGGCAGCAAGAUCAGGCGUGGACUCACAUGAAGCCAGAGCGAGGGCAGUGCUUCACCACCAAUUGGGGGGACUACCGGCAGAGGCACCGCUGCCCCAAGCUCAAAGCUAUCAGCGGGCAGGUCUCCAUGAAAUCCCGCCAGCCCGGGUGGGUGCUGUACCCGCUCUCGCGCGACAAAGAAGCUUUUAUGUCGCAUGUCCCCAACGCUACAGUAACUUUUGCAAUUAAUGUGAAUCUACGAGCCGGAGGAAGGCUGGCGUUCCUGUUCUUGAAGGCUCAGGACCUCGGGCCUGGGCUUGUGCGUGUAGCGUGGGGGGGUGAGGGUGGGAAAGGUGGGGGGGAAGGUGGGGCGAUUGGACCGAUAUUGUUGAACUCAGAGGCGUGGAGGUCACCUACAAGGGUUGUGGGAGGGCAGGUGUUGCCGGGGAUAGUGCCGAGAGGGAGGGUGGAGAUUUCAGUGACUGUGGUUCCCGGUGGUGGGAAUGGAGCUCCCGAGGGGUUUGGUGUGAUUGGCGUGUUUGUGUUGUCAGGGCUGCUUCCAGAAUCCAUGUUUUCGUGA